GACCUGAUGGUGCAAUUGGCGAAUUGCUGUUUGUUGACAAGAAAAGCGGAAGAGGACAGCGAGCAAGUAAGCAAGCAACAGGGAAGGAUGCAGCAGCACAGCACCACCUUGCCGUGGUUCACGGUGGUGUAUGGGUUGUUGGCGGCAUGUGUUGCCCUGCCACCAGAUGCCAUCGUGCAGCUGGGCCUUCACAUUGACGGCAUUUGGAGGACAUGGCUCGGCUCUGAGGGCUUGCACUUUGUGGAGUAUCACAUGCGCCGCACCAUCGCCACGCUCAUCACACACGGCGUUCUGGUGCUCAUCUACGCCCUUGGCGUCUGGCGCAUCGAGCGUGCAUCUCGCCCAUGGGAGGAGCGCGUGAAGCGGGCAAUCACCGCCGAGUUCAGGCACAUUGACAAAGUGUCUGUCACAACUGGGUUUAGUCGGGUGACGGUGACGGAUUCGUGGAUCCUGCAAACCAACAUCUACCUCCUCGACAUCGCCCUGCAGUCAGACGUUGACCUCUCGCUGGUGGCAACGCGUGACGUUCCCAAAUUGAAUUCCCUGGAGCGACGGCAGAUGGUUCGCAUCCGCGUCACAUCGCUCAACCCUCACUGCCACACAUUCGACAUGAUUUUGGAUGCAGAGCACUACCAGACACUCUCAGACAAGUUGUCCGCUCGCAUUCGAAACUCGCGCAACCUCAUCAUUCGUCAAUCUCUCAGUGAUCAGUUCCUGGCCAUUUUCAGUCAGCGCGUGCAAGCCAAUCCACGCUAUGCUGGACGCCACAGCCAGCUUGAGGAGGAUGAUGUGUGCGUGGGGUGCAAUCUGGCGCAACCAAACGUGAAGAUUGUGCGGCGAACAGCGAUAGAAGGCGCCGAGGGCGACUGCUUCUGCCGUCCCAUGUUCUGCCUCGACUGCAUUGGCAAGUGGUUUGUGAGCACACAGGACCAGCGGCGCCCAGAGACGUGGCUAUCGGGAACGGCCAACUGCCCGACGUGCCGCACAGCGUUCACCGUCAAUGACCUCUCCCUGGUUGAUGCGCAGUGA